AUGGGUAAUUGUUGUGGAGGCCAUAAUUUGGCAAAUGCAAAUUUUUAGAUAGCAACUUAUGAUUUGUCAUACUAAGAUCCAUCGAAAAUUGAUUUAGGUCUAUUGAGUCGCAAAGCUUUACAGAUUUAGAGUAUGUUUCAAAAAAUAAUUAAUCUAAGAAUUUUAUCGAGGAUAUGUUAUAAGGAAGAAAAUGAAGAAAUCAUAAACAAAGGCAUUAGCUUAAACAUCAGAUGAAACCUUCAUUUAUUAAUAUAGAUCUAAUCAAAAGGAAAAUGUUAAGAACUAAUAAAAUGUUUUGAAAUUUAAUAUGGAUGGUUAAUAGCAUAUUCCAGUGUUCAAUGUAAAAGAAGUUAAUAUAAGCUCGAAAUAUUCAGAAAAAAUAAAAAGUGUACUAAAAUGCUCUUUAUAUCAAAGGUUCUUGAUAAGUUGGAUCCAUUCAUUUUCGAUUAGGAUAGUUUAUUUAUGGAGUGUCCUUUUUCAAAACCAUUGUUGAUAGGAGAUGUUAUAUAUGAAGGUCAAUGGAAUAAUUGGUAUCCAAUUUUAAGUUUAUAAAGUCAAAAACAUGGAAGAGGAAGACAAUUUUGGAUAGAUGGAUCAUAUUAUGAAGGUUAUUGGUUCAAUAAUUGUUAACAUGGUAAAGGUAGAUUGUUGUUGGCAUAAGGAGAUAUUUAUGAAGGAGAAUGGAAGAAUGAUAAAGUUCAUGGUUUUGUAAGAUUGUUAUGUAUUAAUAGUAGGGUACUUACAUUCAUUAGAAUGGAGCUAAGUAUUAAGGAUAUUGGGAGAAUGAUAAAUAGCAUGGAAAGGGUAAAGAGUUCUGGCCAGAUGGAGCUACUUUUGAAGGAGACUAUAAGAAUGGAUAGAAGAAUGGAAUGGGGAUUUUAAAAGAGGCAGAUGGAUCCAUUUAUGAAGGGGAAUUUUAAGAUAAUAGGUUUGAAGGUCAUGGAGAUUAUAAGAUUGUUGGUGGAAAGAGAUAUGUUGGAUAAUACAAGGACAAUAAGAUGCAUGGAAAAGGGGUAAGUUUGUGUAUUGAUAAUUUAAAGACCUUUUAUUGGAAAGAUGGCAAGAGGUAUGAGGGUGAUUAUGUCAAUGGUGUUAAAUAAGGAUAUGGUGUGUUGUAUUAUCCAGAUGGGAGAGUAUUUAUGAAAUAAAUAUGAGAUCUUCAAAGGAUAUUGGUAGAAUGGAAAGCAGCAUGGGAUCGGUAUCUAUAUAGGGAAAUCAAAGAUUGAAAAGGAAGGAGAAUGGGUUGAUGGAAAGCGUGUUAGAUGGAUUAGGAAAGGAGGUGAAGUUGCCAUAAUUUGA